AUGGCUGGCGUUGCUAAACUUUUCAAGGGAAAUAUUCUUAAUAAGUCGAAGGAAAAAGUUGAUCUCAAUGGGGAACAAUACAAAGGGAAAGUCAUUGGUCUUUAUUUUAGUGCUCAUUGGUGUCCACCAUGCCGUGGUUUUACCCCGGUCUUAGCCGAAUUCUAUGCAAAUCAUCAUAAAGAAAAGAAUUUUGAAAUUAUUUUCAUAAGUUCUGAUCGUGAUGAGAGUUCCUACGAAGAAUAUUACAAUGAAAUGCCAUGGUUAACAUUAGAUUAUAAAGAUCGACACGCAAAAGACGAAUUAGCAUCUCAAUUUCAUGUAACUGGUAUUCCAAAAUUAGUUUUUCUCGAUGCAGAUUCGGGUGACAUGAUUUGUCCUGAUGGAAGAAAAAAAGUUCAAUCCGAAGAUCCAGAAGGAAUAGAAUUUCCAUGGAAAUCUUAA